UUUCUUCCCUUUGUUAGGGUUCUCAUGCUUUAUUUAUUUCAUUUUGCAUUUGCUUCAUCUCCAUUCACCAAUCACCAGUUCACCACUAUCACACUCCCUAAACACACUAAAAGCCAAACCAACCAAAAUAUAAUAUAAAUAAAAAUAAAAUAAACAAAUAAAACCUACGGUCUCUCCUUUUUCACAUUUCACUGAUCACUCACUCACUCACUCAGUAGUAGCUGCUAGCUGCAUGAAAACUCCUUCCUCAAACUUUCUCUCUCUAUAUAUUUGUUCAGUCAUGGCUGUACGCAUUCCUUCUUCAUCCAUAUGCAUGAUGUGAUUCUAAUGCUUCUUUUUCUUUCUCUCUUUCUUCUUCCAGUUCAACGCGAUCUAUCUUCCGUGGAUCCCUUAGCUUCCAUUUUAAUAAGUAAUAACUAACUAAUUAAUUAACCUUUUUCUCUUUUUGCUCUUGACGUCGAUAAUUCAAUCAUUUCACCGAAACCAUGUUGGAUCUUAAUCUCAACGCCGAUUCCGCCUCCGGCAUCCAAAUGGAAAGUUCUGGAAGCUUCAAUUCCUCCCUCGCCAAUGCCGACACCGAGGACUCAUGCUCCUACGGCGGGGCUGACGCCGUAGCAUACAACUUCGCCAUACUCAAGAACGCCGUCGGCGGGGACGGAGACGCUGGAGCUGCCGGAGACGAUGGAUGUGUACGGACAAUCCAGCUUUUUCCGAUGGUCGGAGCCGGCGAUGGUGUUGCAGCUGAGCAGUUACGUGGCUCGUCAUCAGUGUUGGAAUUUGAGACGAAGGAGGAUCGCGGCGGUGGUAGUGCGACGGCGAUGGAGCAGAGAAUGGUUCCUCAGAGGGCGCAGCAAGUGAAGAAGAGUCGGCGUGGACCGAGGUCGCGAAGCUCGCAGUAUCGCGGCGUCACAUUUUAUCGAAGGACCGGACGAUGGGAAUCGCAUAUUUGGGACUGUGGGAAACAAGUGUACUUGGGUGGAUUUGACACAGCACAUGCUGCAGCUAGGGCAUACGAUCGAGCUGCGAUCAAGUUCCGUGGCGUUGAUGCAGAUAUCAAUUUCAAUGUCAGCGAUUAUGAUGAAGAUAUAAAGCAGAUGAGUAACUUUACAAAGGAAGAGUUUGUGCAUAUUCUGCGUAGGCAGAGCACUGGUUUUUCGAGGGGUAGCUCCAAAUACAGGGGAGUUACCCUGCACAAAUGUGGUAGAUGGGAAGCACGCAUGGGGCAGUUUCUCGGAAAAAAAUAUAUCUAUCUUGGCCUAUUCGAUAGCGAACUAGAGGCUGCAAGGUUUUACCAAUCGUAUAUCGAAAUUCCUUACACUAAUUGCCUUAAAAAAAUUUGGAUUCCUUCUGUCUUAGUAUAUUUGUUUGAUACUGUGUUUGAUGAAUCCAGGGCAUAUGAUAGGGCUGCUAUAAAGUGCAAUGGAAGGGAAGCAGUUACUAACUUUGAGCCCAGCUCAUAUGAAGGAAAGGUAAAUUCUCAUGAUGAGAAUGAAGAUAACAGGCAAAGUCUUGAUCUUAAUUUGGGCAUAGCUCCCCCUUCUUUCUCUGAAGAACAAGUCAAUAACAUUCACAACAAUGGGAUUGGUUUCCAAUAUCAGCCUAGCUGGGAUGACAUCCCUAUUGAUAGGAGAUUUAUGUUUGAGCACUCUGCAUCAAGAUCACUGAAUACUCAGCCACCUCAUGGAUUCUCCAUAGCAUCUCAGCAUCCUUCUGCUUGGGGCGGUACUGAUUUCUUUCCCAUCUACAAGGAAAGAGCAAUAGAGAAUAUGAUGGAAGCCAACCCCUUGCAAAAUUGGGCAUGGCAAGUCCAAGGUCAUUGUGGCGGGGCAACUCCAAUUCCACCUGUCUCUGCUGCAGCAUCAUCAGGAUUCCCUUCAACAUUAAUGCCAUCAGCUGCGGAUAAUCAAAUUCAUUUUCCAAACAAGACAUUCCUCUACCCUAACUUCCCUCCAUCGAUCGCCAAUUCCGGCACCAUAUCGCCCUUCUACUAAAGAAGCUGAAACCUCAACCCAGGUAGAGCAAUGCAACAUUUCCAAAUCCUUUUUUCUUGUCUUGGAUAGUUGAUAAAGUAGUAUGUUACUAAGAUGUAACAAUUGAUUCAAGACCUUUCACCGAUUGUCCUUUCAAGCUAAUUUUCUUAACUGUAAUUGCUAUAUGGCUACAAGGCAUGGUAGGUUUAACUGAAUCACCAUUGUAACUGCCAUCUUCUUUGAUCUGGUUGACCACUAUUGCAAUGGGCAAGCAUUUUCUUUGAUAUGCAGUGCAGCAUUCACUUCCUAUGAAAUUCCAAACGAUGAUGUGGGCCAUUUGCUCGUAUGCUUUUAGAAAUUUAAGAUUUUUACGAAAACUAAUAAUUCUUGUUUGAUGCAUCAUCUGUUGCAUGUUUUUGCCGACAUAGUACUAUUCUUAAUUUAUUGCC